AUUUAUUUUCAUGAAAUAAUCUUUAGAAUAAUCGAUUUCCGCUAGAAAAAACUAUUUCUGAGUUUUCUUGAGACAUUAACUUAGAAUAAGUGAAUUUAAUGAUGAGAAAUUUAAAUGUAAUUGUGAUCUUAAUAUUGGGCAUAUCAUUGCCAUUCACUAAAGCUUCAUAUGCUGGUCCGUUUCUCUUUUGGGGGAUGGAAAAUUUGGAUGAAUUGAAAGUUCCAACUUUGCAAGCUAUUGAUGACAAAGUUCUUCGAGAUGUUUAUUCUGGUGCUUCUUCUAUCGUCGUUUUUAUAAGAAAUGCAACAAAUAAGUUGAACUAUGAAAAUUUUCCUAAACUUUCUGAACUUAUUGGAAAAAAUGAAUGGUUAUAUUUGCCUCAAUCUUCCCUUUCUUCUGAUCCUCUGGAAUAUAACGUGAAUGCAGAGGUUUUUGUUUUAACUGGUCCACCUGAACAACAAGAUGUUGAAGUAGCAGCUCUUUACAGAGAUGCACAAAUAAACUACGGGCAAAAAAAUAUUUUGGGAAUAUUAGCAACAAGAAGCGAUAAAAUUGAUCACACAAUUUACAAACGAGAAGCUAAACAAGAUGAUGUCACUACGGAGAUGCCAACAACUACAUCAAGUGAUGAUUCAACUGAGGAUAACUUAAUUUAUUCGGCUACUGGAAAAGGAAUUCUCUACACAACCGAAAUUCCUAUCUUGAAAAUCAAAGGUAGUAAACCGAGUGAAGAUGUUACCUACUCACUUCAAAAGCAUGCCAUUGUCACUGCUGAUGAUCGCCAAGACAUUUUCAAACUUAUCAUCAAGUUCAUAGUUCCUGAGAAAACUAUAACUAUUCGAUUCUGUUUCCAAAUAUCUGGCGGAAAGUGGAUUAUGAAUCAAGCAGAAGUUGAUAUUGAUGGAAAAACGACAAUGUUAAAUAUUGUUGGCGAAACUCCAAAAGCACCUCUUGGAUUCUCGUUUGCUUGUGGAAAUUCAUUCGUAUUUAAAUCGGCCAAAAUUUCACUAUUAUUGAAAAAUAUUCAAGUUCAACCGCUAUUGAAGGGUGAAAAUAAAUUCAGCAAGGCAUUUGAUUGCGUAGGCAUUGUAUCUCCAGCUAUCGUUUCUGGAAUUUUUGUUACAUUCAUCCUUGGUAUCGUUCUCAGUAUUGCAAUUACUGCAAUUCUUGAUAUAAAAACUCCAAAUAAAUUUGAAAAUCGCAGUUCGAAGCAAUUGACCUUCACGGUUCAAGAAUAAAGAAAAAAUAUAUGAAGUCAGUAAAUUAGUAUUCAUGAACUGUUGUUAAUUAAAAAUUAUAUAAAUUAUCAUCUCAAAUCAUAGUAAAUAAAGAACGUAUAAGAAAUUAAAUGACA